AUGCGGAAUAAGGGCGCGGUGCAUAGUGGAUACCAAAGAUAUACGAGAACCAACCCAUUUUCGUGUAAAGUGAACAAGUCUCCUGCUUCGUAUUGCCGCAAUGUGUCCUUCAUGAAAAGCAAAGCGACGUCCCAAAUCCGCAAUGCAGAACUCCCCGCCAUCGAAGUUUCCAAAGGGCGAAAUCAUUGCCCAUCCCAUGUCACCGCAAUCUACAUGUGGUUCGGUAAGGACAUUGACCAAGCAUGCACGCAGGGCAAAACACUCCUUGUCAGACUUACACCACAGCUCCUUACAACUAGCGGGUAAACUUUGAAUUGCCUCUCGCAUUUUAUCACGUUGGUCCUUCUCAAUUGCACCCAAGAGGAACUGUUCCAGUCGAGCGGGAACCGCAUUCGUAUCCGGCGUGAUUACCGGCCCCCGUGAUUCGUGGCCUCUUUCCAUCCACAAGCCCCAAUUGAAUACACCGCAACGCGAUUCGGGGCGAACACAGAGCUCAGGAUUUUCAAGUAGCCAUUGCUCGUACUUACUAUGUCGUUUGCUGUUUGGAACCCCCGGAGGUUGAACAGACGCGUAGUGGGUGACGUUUUCUCGAACUUGAUUCUGAACUCUUUUUCCAACCUCUGGACCGUAAAGCAGAGAGUAUGGGUCGGAGAAUAAAACGAAAAGCCUCCGAAAGUUGCAAUCGAGAGCUAAAUAAAAGCCUCCGGACGAAGCAUGAAUUGGAAGAUAAUGCUCACUCGUACUUUCGACAUCAGAGAGCGUGAGAUUUUGAAGCCCAAAAAGUUUGGUCUGUGGCGUAUAGGUAUCAAUGUCAAUCUUAAAAAAGAACUUCCACAAUAUCAUCUAAAGAGUAAAGUACGAGUACAGUAUGAUACCUCACUGCUCUUGUGAGUGCCGGAGAUGACCGUGGUUUCGGGUGCCGAGGCCAUGAAUUGGGGGUUUGGGGGUACC